CCGAAAAUCAAACUUUCUUCUCAAGGUUUCCUUCAGGUUCCGCAACAAUUCGCUCACCACGACACACCACCGAUUCCUACCUCGGGUUAUUUUGGCUGCUCCGUCUACCUCCCGCACUCUCUCUCUUUCUGUCUCUCGGUGGUUUCGCUCUAAUCGACGCCAUAACCUUCAGCAUUUGGAGUCGAAGCCAUGAAUAUCUUCAGGCUUGCCGGGGACAUGACCCAUCUACUCAGCAUUUUGGUGCUGUUGCUCAAAUCUACGCAACUAAAUCAUGCGCAGGGAUUUCUCUUAAAACCCAGGAGCUCUAUGCAGUUGUAUUUCUGGCUCGUUACUUGGAUCUGUUCACAGAUUUCAUCUCAGUUUAUAACACUAUCAUGAAGAUUGUUUUUAUCGCAAGCUCUUUAGCGAUCGUGUGGUGCAUGCGAAUGCACCCAGUGGUUAAGAGAAGUUAUGAUAAAGAGCUCGACACUUUCCGCCAUUAUUUUCUUAUUCUGGCGAGCUUUGUCUUGGCGCUUGUGUUGCAUGAGAAGUUCACAUUCCAAGAGAUUUUGUGGGCAUUUUCAAUAUACUUGGAGGCAGUUGCAAUACUACCCCAGUUGGUUUUGUUGCAACGAAGUGGCAAUGUGGACAAUUUGACUGGCCAAUAUGUAUUCUUUCUUGGGGCAUAUCGGGCAUUUUACAUUAUGAACUGGAUAUACCGAUAUCUGACUGAGCCGCGCUUUAGUCGAUGGAUUGCUUGCUUCUCCGGUAUUGUUCAGACAGCCCUAUAUGCAGAUUUCUUCUAUUACUACUUCAUCAGCUGGAAGAACAAUUCAAAACUAAAGCUUCCUGCUUGAGCAAACCCAUAAUUGUUUUGGAAUGGAAGUCACUACUGGAUUUUUAUGGAGCGUCAUAUGGUUUGAUGUUAGUGACUUGCAGAGAGGAACACGAGUGGCACCCCAAUUCAUCAGUAGGGAUAAUUGGGUUUUAACUUUAAAAGAAUAUUCCAUUAUCAUUGGUAAUUUAGGAUGAGGUUGAGACAAAUGUUUAUAUGUGGAAGAUAGUUUUUUUUUUUUUUCGGAGUUUCAUGUCUUCAUUGCACAUCAGUGUAGUUAGUGGGGCAAAGUUGCUAUAUUGGUUAUAUUAUAAAGUUUUUUCUUUGGAAAAUGAAAAUGUUCGGUCA